AUGCCUCAACCUUCACCAAAAGCAAGAAGGCAAUAUGAUGCAAAUCUCUGGCAUUCAUUAAAGGCAUCAUAUGUCAACAAUUUACACCAGACCAUCCAUUGGUCUCCAACUUUGCAUACCUUUUCUUCCUCUCUCUCCUUCUUUCACUCAUUUCCUGUGUUACAAAAAUUCCCAUUUCGAUGGAACUUUAAAAGCUUGUGUAAAUUUGGUGAUGGCCUUUUUUACCUGAUUUUGGACUCAUUUAAAACUCAAAUAACUCAAAUUGAUCAGAAGCGCUUCUGUCCACCUUCCAACAAUAGCACCAGUGUAUGUUGGAGAAAAGGCCAAAUUUGCUUCAAGCUCCUGCAUUGUCCUGCUCGUGCUUUAGUUUUAAUAAUGGAAAAGAGUUUCUUAAGAAAAAUGUUUCAGAGAUUUGAAAUUGUGCUACUUGAAGGUUGA